AUGCCGUUCCGGUUCCCCGUGAAGUUUGAGGUGCCCAAGCACUGCUACGUGAACGCCCGGGUGCUUCGGGACCAGUUCAAGCGGUUGCAGUUCGAGGAGCACGAGGUCACCCGCAAAGCCCUCAAAUACAUCCUGCGCAACACCGAGUUGCCGCUGAAGGUGCGGUUGGAAGCUCAGUUGCAGUUGACCCUGAUGCCCAAAUACACCCUGUACAACCAGAUCCGCGACCGGUGUGUGGCCACUGGUAACGCCAAGUCGGUGAUCACCGACUUCAAGUUGAACAGAACCGCGUUCAGAGAGAGGGCCCGCGCCGGGGUGCUUCCGGGGGUGCAAAAGGCGUCGUGGUAG